AUAUUAAAUGAGGACGAUUUCAGCUACUUCUUUAUGUAAAAACUGAGGAAAUAAAGACUGGAAGGAGGAGUGGAGGAGGAGGAAGACGGUGGUGGUGGUGUAGUGAUGUUGGAGUAGGGGAGAGAGAGAGGGGCGGGUGUUGGAGGAGGGGGGAUAUGGGGCGGGUGCUGAAGCAAGGGUGUCCCCGCCUGCUACCAGAGCACCCUUCCCUCAGUGUGUCGCACCCUCCUUCUCAGCUCGUCGCCGACGCCACCCGCUCACGCCAUCAAUGAUACAUACGAAUUACACUUGGUAGCGAGCCGUUUGUCAUUAUUAUUCUAUUAUUACCUCAGCUGGCUGCCAGUUUGCACCUUGAGCGCGGCGCGGGAGGGUCUGCUGGAGCAGGGCGACCGCGACGCUGGUGUUAACGUAGUCGCUGCCACAACACAAGACACGUGGUAGUGGUGCUCGGUGCACACAUACAAGCCGCAUUAGUAACCCGUGACAAAGUAAAAACCGGUGUUCUGUGGCAUCUGUCGGAUCUGAGAUUUAGUGAACCGAAGAGUAUUUAUCCGUGAUAACUUGUGUUGGAUCCCACGUAAUAACUGGAAAGGUUCGUAUGUGAUAAAUGGAGAGGUUCCAAUGGAAAUCCUACGUGAUAACCAGUGAAUUCAAUGUAAUAACUGGAGUGGAUCCAGUGUUAUAACUAGUCAGGGUCCGACGUGAUAACCAGAUUGGAUACUGUUAUGACUAGUGAAGAUAUAAAGUAACACUUCAGCAGAUCAGUGAGAGAGGUGACUCAGGUGUGGGUAUUGGCCAGGUAGUGGUCAUAGCAGGUCACAGGCGAUUCCUGUGCCCAUGACCAACAUGGAAGGUGGAGGGGGCGCGUCCCCCGCCCCCUCGCCCAUGCCACAGGACCAACCCACGGACCUGCGGGUGCCCCGGCCACCAGAAAGGGCCCCUUUACCCACGAGCAAACAAGGAUGCCUGAAGCAGCUCACUCCACCGGCCCUAACGGCCCUUCCCCUGGGAUUCCAACAGCUGGGAAGGGCCCCAUCAUCCUUCAUGAUCGGAGAUAUACUCCGGCAGAAGGAGCAGACGGAGGGGCAGCACACUCACCAUGACCAUCCACGACUUCUUGACGUCGACGAAGAGGUCGAUGAAGAAGCUGGCCGGAGGAAUUUGCGUCAUGGCUCUCCAGCAUCGCCAGCAGAAGAUGGAGACGAUGAGGACGGGGGAGAGUGUCCUCCGCCGUGCAAAAAGCAACGGAAGGCGCGUACAGCGUUCUCAGACAACCAGCUGCAGACGCUGGAGAAGAGCUUUGAGCGUCAGAAGUACCUGAGUGUGCAGGAUCGCAUGGAACUGGCAGCCAACUCACUACGACACGGCUAGUCUCAGGUCAAGACCUGGUACCAGAACAGACGGACUAAGUGGAAAAGACAGACAGCUGUGGGACUGGAGUUACUGGCCGAGGCUGGCAACUAUGCUGCUCUUCAGAGACUCUAUGGACAACACUACUGGCCGCCCACGCCCACUCUCGCCCAUAUUACACCCACUCUCCCUGCAGGUAAAAUUCCAGACCCGCUUCACGCCCUUACCUCACACCCUCACCUCACGCCCUCACCUCACGCCCUCACCUCACGCCCUCACUUCCUCCCCUUCACCCUCUGCAUGUGUGUUGACGCUUAUUACCGACACGUUGCUGCAGCUCUCACUCAACGCGCAACUAUCCAGCCCAACCCGUUCCUGUCCCAUAGUCUAUCUCAAGCCUCUCCUCUCUCCGCCCUAUCUCAAGCCUCUCCACUCUCUGCCCUAUCCCAAGCCUCUCCUUUAUCCCUCACUUCCCACUACUACUCCACUCUUGCCUCCAGCCUCUCCUCCACCACCUCCACAGGGCCACAACCACUGCCAUCCCCGCCCACCACCAGCGCCUCGCCAGCCCUGUCUUCCGUCCCCAGCCCGGCCAGCCCGCCCACUCCGCCCUCGCCGCCCACUCACCAACAGCGACAGCAACCAUGA